AUGGGUAUACUACAACUAGCAUUGCCUACAUCGAUAUCAGGUGCCAUCUAUAUCGACAAUCUAAAGGUACCUUGCUACAAAGAGACCGAUAUACAAGGAAAGAUUGAAAACUGUACACCUGCCAAUUGCACAGUCGUCGAAUGUAAAUCACAAGGACCAUUCUCAAUGUUUCAAUCAAUUGCUUUACAUCCAUUUCUGCUUGUUAAUGGUUUAGUUAAUAUUAUUUAUUAUAAUGGAGAAGUAAUGUUGUAUAAAGAACCAUUAGGAUUAUUAUUCCUUGUCAUAUCGGCAUUAUCAUCAACGUUUUUAAUUAAUCCUUUGAACAAGUUGUUUGGUGAGCCUAUUAAUCAACCUAUUCCACCACUCAUCUAUUUAUUUGGUAUUGCUGGAUCUCUACUAAGCGUCAUUGAAGUGACACCCAAGAAAGAGGUAGCUGGCAAAAAGGAAUGGUUUAGCUUUCUCUAUGGAAAAAAGGAUCAACAUGAACAAAUAGAGGAUCAACAACAAAAAGAAGGUGAAAUUGCAGAAGAUAAGAAAUUAAUAGAUGAAGAAAAUCAAAUCAAUCAAUAUGACAGUAAUAAUCAAAAUAAUAAUAAUAAUAAUAUAAGAGGUGGAAACAAAUUAAAUCAUCGUAUAAAUGAAAGUGAUACUAGUAGUAUUGAUAGUCCAGACACAAUGAUUUCACCAAUACUACAACAACAAGAAAAAGAUCAUCUUAUUCCAAAAGAAGAAGAAGAAGAGUCGAAUCAAAACAACAAACAAGAUUGGAAAACAAAAGUUAUACCAUUAUUUGCAAGAAGUUUAAGAGUAUUUAUACCAAUGAUUCUAUUAUCAGUUGCUAAUGGAUUGUGGAUGGAAACCUCUUUAUAUUAUGACAAUCAAUUCCGUGUCAAUGCAUAUGGUUACAAUUCAAUCGAUCAAAUUCUCCUUCCAUUCUAUUUAUUCUUUUUCAUGUUGGUCAUUGAUCUUAUCAAACCUCUCAAACACCUCUUACUCCCAGAACAAGAUUCCAAAGAAACACUCUGGGAAGCUGUUAAAGCCACUUGGAAAGAAACUAAUCUUGUAACAUUAUUCUUUUAUCGUUUACUUAUUAAUGCUCGUGCAAUUAUUUAUUUUUAUUUGGCUAUACAGUAUGAUUUAACACUUGUAUAUUUAGAGUUAACAUUGACACGUGUAGUAUUAAAUUGGUUGGGUGCUUUUGUAUUAAACUUGGUCAUUCCAAAGUUUAUUAAAGCUACUUAUGAAGAACGAAGAAAGACAUUCUAUCCAGUCAACCUUUUAUUAAAAUUAUUUGGUAGUAUAGGUGUAGUUCCAGUAAUAGUAAUAGCUCCAGUAAACAAUCUAUCAAUCAUGAACUCUGCCAAUCAAAUUUAUCCAAUUGACAAUCAAAUGAAUGGUUUCGAUAUGACUUGGAUUGAAUUAUUGAUGAUGGAAAUUAAUGCAUUGCAUCAAAAAUUGACAAAACUAAAAGAUUUAAAGGAAUUAAAGUAUAAAUUGGCGGUACCCAAAUGCAAAGAAACUUUGAAUCACCUUUAUGAAGAUGUCAAUAUAAUUGAAAGGAGAAUCAAGAAAAGGGAACUAUCAAUAUUGUCAGAGGUAUCAUUUCAAUUUGAAAAAGCAGUUUUUAGAUUUAUAUUUGGAAAGGAUACAAGACUCCACAACUUGAGUUUAUUAUUCUUGGAUGGUUUUGAAUUUGAACCAAAACAAAUGUUGGAAUGGGAAACAUUAAAAAAACAAAUCAAUUGGAAUAUGAAUGUACAUCAAGAAUUUAUAGAUUUAAUAGACCUUGGAUUUACUUCUUUGAUACUUCUCAAAUUACAGAUUAUUCCCUUGUCAACAAAGAAUACUUGA